CACGCUGUGUGUUGGCUCAACUUAUUUCUGCAAUGUGGAACAAGACAAUUAUUUUUCAUUUUUUUUGAUACAAUGUAAAUCCAAAUAGCACAGUUUAAAUUAGUAUUUCCGACACUUUCCGUCCUCGGCUUUGCGACACUGGCCGCACCGCUUUCCGGCAGAGGAGUCACACGUGUUGUGGUCGCAUGGAGGACUGCUGAGUCGCCGCCAAACUUUAGUUCAGUUGAAGAAUGUCGUACAGAGGCGGUGGAGGACGAGGUGGAGGAUUUAACCGCGGUGGAGGCGGCAGAGGAGGAGGAGGCUAUGGUGGCAGAGGAGGAGGAGGCUAUGGCGGCAGAGGAGGAGGAGGAGGCUUUGGCGGCCGGGGUGGUGGCCGUGGAGGUUAUAACAGACAGCAAGACUAUGGACCCCCAGAAUAUGUUGUUGCUUUAGGAGAGUUUGUGCAUCCAUGUGAGGAUGAAAUUGUGUGCAAGUGCACAACAGCUGAAAACAAAGUUCCCUACUUCAAUGCCCCGGUGUACCUGGAAAACAAGGAGCAGAUUGGCAAGGUGGACGAGAUAUUCGGACAGCUGCGUGACUUUUAUUUUUCCGUCAAACUUUCUGAAAAUAUGAAGGCGUCUUCGUUUAAGAAGCUGCAGAAGUUUUAUAUAGAUCCAAUGAAGCUCCUACCACUGCAGAGAUUCCUGCCCAGGCCGCCUGGAGAAAAAGGCCCGCCAAGAGGUCGAGGUGGGGGUAGAGGCGGAGGAAGAGGCGGCGGCCGCGGAGGCGGAUUUCGUGGUGGAAGAGGAGGCGGUGGGCGUGGAGGAUUUGGAGGAGGUGGACGUGGAGGUGGCUUCAGAGGGAGAGGCGGCGGUGGAGGACGUGGAUUCAGAGGCGGGAGAUGAUUUGCCAUGUGUCGAUAAUUCAUCCCAGCGCUUUUUGAGGGUUUCAGCAGCUUUCUACAACAUUGGACAUUACAUCUGGGGUGGAUUUUUUUUCUUUAGUUGUUUUUCAAACUAGUCUUGUACAAGUGAUGGACAUUUUGAUUUUUACUUCAAAUGCUUGUGACAACCACAUUUUCUUAACUGUGUGAAUUGGCAUGUUAUUGUCCUGUGAGCAUGAGCACAUGCCUUCACAAACAAGCAUUAGUCACAUAUGAACACAUGUGGGCAAAGGGGACCCAGAGUUUUAUAACAUUCUGAAUUUAUCUGCAGAAAGUGGUCAAGUAUUUUGUAAUGAUCAUGAUUAAAUGUUUUUUGUGUAA